AUGCGUUUUUCGAUUAUCUUCCUCGUCUCUAUUCCACUUCUCCUCGGGCUGACGUACGCUGGCGGCGUUGAAAAGGACAAACGAAACAAUGUAUGUACCGUCAAAGCAAAUGGAAAACAGAAGGAUGAUGUGCCAAAUCUUCUGAAGGCCUUCAAAGAAUGCGGAAAAGGAGGGACAAUUAUUUUCCCUCAAGAUCAGUCCUAUUCGAUUAGGACGAGACUUAAUCCAAUUCUGAAUGAUGUCACAAUACAAUGGAGAGGAAAGUGGACAUUCUCUAAGGAGCUCGACUACUGGCGCAGCAACGCCUAUCCUAUUGCCUUCCAAAACCAUCGUGCGGGCUUCAUUAUCAGUGGACACAACAUCACAAUCGAUGGAUACGGUACGGGAGGCAUCGAUGGCAACGGCAAUACAUGGUAUACCGCAGAAAAGGGCGUCACACAACCUGGGAGGCCGAUGCCGUUCGUCUUCUGGAACGUCUCUGAGGUGAAUGUCGAGAACUUCUAUGUGAAAGACCCGCCUCUUUGGAGUCUCAGUGUCAUCAACGGCACGAACAUGCGGUUCAACAACAUCUACUGCAAUGCAACAUCAGUAGAUGCGCCGUACGGCUACAAUUGGGUGCAGAACACGGAUGGAUUUGGUUCGUUUUCUGCGGUCAAUACCAUGGAUGCUGUGAACAUCCAACUCACCAAUUUUGUGUACCAAGGUGGAGAUGACUGCAUCGCCAUCAAGCCUCGAUCGUACAAUAUCGACAUCCAGAAUGUGACAUGCGUUGGCGGAAAUGGAAUUGCCAUUGGUAGUCUUGGUCAAUAUCUCGAGGACUCCAGCGUGGAGAAUGUCCGUGUGAAUAAGGUGAAGAUCGUACGAUACAACGAAGACAUGCACAACUCCGCGUAUAUCAAAACCUGGGUCGGCGCUCUGGUUCCCCAAAGCUCAUAUGAAAGCGCUGGUCUCCCUCGCGGUGGAGGCUGGGGCAAUGUGCGAAAUAUCCUCUUCUCGAACUUUGAAGUCCAAGGAGCCAACGCCGGACCCUCGAUAAGUCAAGACAGCGGUAACAACGGUUCAUACUCUGGAUCGAGUCUCAUGACCGUCUCCAAUAUCGUCUUUGCCAACUUUACAGGCUACACAAACGGCGGUUCAAGUGUCACAUCUAAGGUCUCUUGCUCCGAGGUUCAUCCUUGUUAUAACAUCGAGUUUGACAACGUGGUCCUCUAUCCUGGCAAGAAUGCAUCAAGUCCUGGGACAGGAUCUUGUAAAUAUACCGAGGACGGAGGUGUCUACGGACUCGAGGGAUGUUAG